AUAUCGGAUGAAGUGGCCACCGUGGGGAAGGGGAAGGCUUGCGUUAGGGCGGCGCAAAAAAAAACUCGAACCGGCGUGCCGUAUCGUCACACGACGAGCUGCCCGUUAAAUGCGGACGGGUGUGACUCGAGUCCUCCUCGUGAUGAAGGGCUCCGGUGCUCUACACGGCGCUUUCAAGAUAUUCCGAAGAAAUCACCACUCCGUCGGGAUCAUCGGCGCGCCCUUCUCCAAAGGCCAGUCCAGAGAUGGUGUUCAACUGGGACCGGAUCUCAUUCGCGCAGCCGGAUUGGUGGAGAAACUUAAAGGACAAGGCUGCACAGUGAAGGAUUAUGGGAAUCUCACAUUCGAGGAGGUGGCCAAGGAUGAGACCACUGGGAGGGCGAAGAGGCCACGGGCUGUCGGCCAGGCAAACAAACAGCUCUCCGAAGCUGUGCGUAAGAUCAAGAAUGAGGGUCAUGCCUGCGUCAUGCUCGGGGGGGAUCACAGCUUAGCGAUCGGUUCGAUCCACGGACACGCAGCAUGUGGAACCCAGCUGAGUGUGGUGUGGGUCGAUGCCCACGCUGACAUCAACACCCCCCUGACGACUCCCACUGGUAACAUCCACGGGCAGCCUAUGUCUUAUCUCAUUCACGAGCUACGCUCUAAGAUUCCUGUUAUGCCAAACUUCUCAUGGUUAAAGCCAUGUAUAGCUGCAGAGGAUGUAGUGUACAUCGGCCUCAGAGAUGUAGACCCAGAAGAACAUUACAUCCUGAAGUAUCUUGGUAUCAAGACCUUCUCGAUGACAGAGGUGGAUUAUCUUGGAAUUGCCAAAGUUAUGGAACAGACGUGUGAUCACAUCUUUUCAAAAGUGAAGAAACCCAUCCACCUCAGUUACGACAUCGAUGCCCUGGACCCAUCUUUGGCUCCUGCCACUGGGACCCCAGUGGUGGGAGGUCUGACGUACAGAGAGGGCAUUUAUAUCACCGAGCACAUCUGUCAAACAGGGCUGCUCUCCGCCGUCGACAUGGUGGAAGUGAAUCCGAAGCGAGGCGGAACGGACAAUGGAGUCCGCUCAACAGUAGACGCAGCGGUGGAUCUCCUGCUGGGCUGCUUCGGACGAGUCCGUGAAGGCUCGCACUCGGCUGAUUACAAAAUUCCGGACCCCUGAGUGCAAAAGGUCUUCUCCUUUCUUAAGGGAAACCAGACUGCAACUGAUCUUUUUGUAUUUGUACGUUUCAUGAUUCAAAUAUCCCCAGGAGCAACAUGUAAUAAUGACAGCAAACCUUUUCAUUAAUGAUUUGGACAUGCAUUCAGUUUAUUUUGACUCCAUAGCUGCCUUCUUUAGACUCCUUCUUUGGUGUUCUGCACAAUAAAAGGCCACAAAGGGGCAAAAAGGUUUGAGCUGAUUUAUUUCUGUAGAAAAAAUAAUGUUCACAUUUACAAAAUAUAUGAUCAUAAAUCUUGGCACACAGCAAUGUACUGCAUGUUGGAAAAUGUAUUUAAAAAAACCACCACAGAACAGGUAAUGGGGGUUUCAACAAGGCCAAGAGGACGUAAGACACAUUUUAGGUGAAUCUACACUACAGAGUUAAAACCAAAGGUCUUAAAAUUGUUACUCUUAAAACCUCAAAGGACGUCUUUUUGCCAACAUUAUCUCUCCAAACCUACUGUGAAACCCUUGCAGUGCACUUUGAUUGACAGCGGAAUAAUUUGACGACCACUUGUGUACCUAAUGAUGCAUGAGAACUAGCAAGGGUCAUUUAGUAUAGCUCUGUGUGAAUGAGGUCAUGUUGACAGGUCAGGUGGUAUAGCUAUGGGAAAGGGGUCAGGUCCUUACUUUAUUUAACCCAAUGUUAGCAUUUGCACUACCUCCAUUUCCCUGAGAGAGGGAUCCAUAUGCGUCCUAUUCUUUUGCACCUCUACUGACGAGAGAUAUGGACCACAUCAUGUACUUUGGCUUCAAAUAUCGCUGUUGGACUGUUUGUCACUGUGUGAAUGGCCUUCAUGCUGAAAUUGGAUCUCAGUGUCCUGGCUUUCUAAAGGGGUGUGUGGGUGGGUGUGUGCAAGAAUGAGGCCGUGAGUGGUGGGUACAGAGCCUUGCGAGACCCACCACGUAGGCCCAUAAGCCUCGACUGUCGCGUCAGCGUUUCUGCAGGUUUAUCAUGACCUAGUCAUUACAUCACGCACAAACACACACACACACACACACACACACAACUGGCAAGGCACUGCUCCAGACUCAGUGCCAGCUGAUGUGAGCGGGUUCUGUGUGUUUUUGCGUGCAGGCCUGCUUUCCAAGGUCUGAGAGUUCUGUGGAAGUAUUAGGGAGCUGGGUGGAUUGGAGUGUGGUGAAGGGGACAUGCUUUCCCCUCUGCAGACGGACGCAGCUGUUGGGUGCUACAAUGAAAGGCACUAGCGGCAUUCACAAGCGCAACCACGUGCGCGCACGCACA